AUGGAUGAUGUUACAAUCGAAGAUGAGUUUGAAUUGAAUGAAGAUAAACCAUUUGGAUCAAAAAGUGAAUUUCCUCUUCGAAAAUCAUUUUCAAUAUUUCAAAUAUUGAGUCAACCAUGGAUCAUAUUUAUAUUAUUAUCAAUUGCUCUCCUUAUUUUUAUUUACAUAAAUAGAAAUCGACGACGAAAUAGAAAUUUAAUAGUUGAUUAUGAACACAUUCAACAUGAAACAAACAAACAAAAACUUAAAAAUGAUCAAUUUAAUCAAUAUGAUGAUAUGGAACGUAUUCGACAAAAACAACAAAAAGCUUAUGAAGAACAAGCUUUACGUCAUGCUGAACAAAAAAAAGCUAAAAUUGAAAGUUCAAAACCAUCAAUAGAUGAAAAUCCCAAUCGAUCAAAAUAUCGAUCAAGUGAUCAUAAUCCAUUAACAGGUCAAUCAAAUCGUGGAUCUUCUGAUUCAUGUUCAUGGCGUCCAUCUUCUCGUCAAAAGCCAGGCGGAGGAUGA